UGUGCGGCCGGGGGGAGCGGAGCGGGGCUGCUCGGCUCGGCUCGGCCCGGCUCGGCAGGGCUCGGCUCGGCCCAGCGGGGCUGCCCGCUCCCCGUCCCCCGCUUUCGUCCGCUCCGUGCCCGGGCGCCUUGGGUGCAGCAUGAAGUGCGGCGAUGGCCCGGAGGGGUAAGACGGCGGUGAGGACGCUGGAAGACCUGACGCUGGACUCCGGCUAUGGUGGCGCGGCGGACUCGGUGCGCUCGUCCAACUUGUCGCUGUGCUGCUCGGAUUCGCACCCCGCGUACCCCUAUGGAGGCAGCUGCUGGCCGCACCUAGCUGGCUCCAUGCACAGUCGCCACAACAGCUUCGACACCGUCAACACCGUCCUAGCGGAAGACUCGGAGGUGCUGGACUGCGCGGGGCAGCAGUGCGCCCGGCUCCUGCCCGACCUCGAGGAGGUCCCCUGGAGCCUGGAGGAGGUGGAGGCGCUGCUGCUGCCGCCGCCGCCCCGCCGGGAGCCGCGGCCGCCGGGCGGUGUUGGUGCCGGUGUCGGUGCCGGUGCCGGGAGCCGGGAUGCCGCGGCGCGGCUCUCCACGCUGGUGAGCCGGGCGCUGGUGCGCAUCGCCCGGGAGGCGCAGCGCCUGAGCCUCCGCUUCGCCAAGUGCACCAAGCACGAGGUGCGCAGCGCCAUGGAGAUCGUCCUGGGCUGGACGCUGGCCGCCCGCUGCACGGCGGCGGCGCUGGGCGCCCUGUCCCUCUACAACAUGAGCGGCAGCGGCGGCGACCGCUUCAGCCGCGGCAAGUCGGCGCGCUGCGGGCUCGCCUUCUCCGUGGGCAAGUUCUACCGCUGGAUGGUGGACAGCCGCGUGGCCCUGCGCAUCCACGAGCACGCCGCCAUCUACCUCACGGCCGGCACCGAGAGCCUCUUCCGAGACAUCCACGCCAGGGUGCUGGCCGGCCCUGCCGCCCCCCUGCCGCCGCCCGGCCGCCCCCCGGCCGACAAGGACAAGGAGAAGGACAAGGAGAAAGAGAAGGAGGGCGCCGAGGGGCCGCGCUUCACGCUCGAGGCGCUGGAGCAGACGGUCAACAACGACCCCGAGCUGUGGGGCUUGCUGCAGCCCUACCAGCACCUCAUCUGCGGCAAGAACGCCAGCGGUGUGCUCUGCCUGCCGGACAGCUUGAACCUUCACAAAGACCAGCAGCGAUCCAACAAGCCUGGGGAAGUGCAGAUGUUCAGCCAGUCAGAGCUAAGGACCAUCGAGCAGUCUUUACUGGCUACGCGUGUGGGGAGCAUUGCCGAACUCAGUGACCUGGUGUCCCGAGCCAUGCACCACCUCCAGCCACUCAAUGCCAAGCAGCACGGGAAUGGCACGCCGAUGCACCAGAAGCAGGGAUCGCUCUACUGGGAGCCUGAGGCUUUGUACACCCUCUGCUACUUCAUGCACUGCCCGCAGAUGGAGUGGGAGAACCCAAAUGUGGAGCCGUCCAAAGUCACGCUGCAGACUGAGAGGCCGUUCAUUGUGCUGCCUCCCCUGAUGGAGUGGAUACGGGUUGCCGUGGCUCACGCGGGGCACCGUCGCAGCUUCUCGGUGGACAGUGAUGACGUACGGCAGGCAGCGAGGCUCUUACUGCCUGGAGUUGACUGUGAACCUCGACAGUUAAAAAUCGACGACUGUUUUUGUGCAUCUCGGAAACUGGAUGCAGUUGCCACUGAAGCGAAGUUCAAGCAAGACCUGGGUUUCCGAAUGCUCAACUGCGGCCGAACGGAUCUGGUUAAACAGGCCAUAUCCUUGCUGGGGCCGGAUGGGAUUAACAGCAUGAGUGAACAGGGCAUGACUCCACUGAUGUAUGCUUGUGUCAGGGGUGAUGAGGCUAUGGUGCAGAUGCUGCUAGAUGCUGGAGCAGAUCUGAAUGCUGAGGUUGUCAGUACUGCUCAUAAAUACCCAUCCGUCCACCCUGAGACCCGCCAUUGGACAGCUCUGACAUUUGCUGUGUUGCAUGGACAUAUUCCUGUAGUUCAGCUGUUGUUGGAUGCUGGAGCAAAGGUAGAAGGUUCCUUGGAGCAUGGAGAGGAAAAUUACUCUGAAACUCCUUUACAGUUGGCAGCAGCUGCUGGAAAUUUUGAACUGGUCAGUUUGCUGUUGGAGCGAGGAGCUGAUCCCAUGAUAGGAACAAUGUACAGGAAUGGCAUUUCCAUGACUCCACAAGGUGACAUGAACUCUUUCAGUCAGGCUGCUGCACAUGGACACAGCCAUCCAGAGGAACAUAGAUACAGGAAUGUGUUCCGUAAGCUGCUUGCUCAGCCAGAGAAGGAAAAGAGCGAUAUCCUGUCACUGGAGGAGAUCCUGGCUGAGGGGACAGACUUGCCCGACUCUGCAGCAGCUCCGCUUUGCGCCAGCCGCAACAGUAAGGCCAAGCUGAAAGCCCUGAAGGAGGCCAUGUACCACAGUGCCGAGCACGGAUACGUGGAUGUGACCAUUGACAUACGGAGUAUAGGUGUUCCCUGGACGCUGCACACAUGGCUGGAGUCCUUGCGAACAUCCUUCCAGCAGCACAGGCGACCCCUCAUCCAGUGCUUGCUAAAGGAAUUCAAGUCCAUUCAAGAAGAAGAGUACACAGAGGAGCUCAUCACACAGGGGUUGCCUCUGAUGUUUGAGAUACUGAAAGCCAGCAAGAACGAAGUGAUAAGUCAGCAGCUGUCCGUCAUUUUCACUCAUUGCUACGGACCCUACCCUAUUCCAAAGCUUGUUGAAAUCAAGCGCAAGCAGACCUCUCGCUUAGAUCCCCAUUUUCUUAACAACAAAGAGAUGUCAGAUGUUACAUUUCUGGUGGAAGGAAGACCAUUUUAUGCACAUAGAGUGUUGCUAUUUACUGCAUCACCAAGGUUUAAAGCAUUGCUGUCUAGCAAGCCCUCAACUGAUAGUACUUGUAUUGAGAUCAACUAUGUGAAGUACCCCAUCUUUCAGCUGGUUAUGCAGUAUCUUUACUAUGGAGGUGCAGAGUCACUCCUGAUUAAAAACAAUGAAAUCAUGGAGCUUCUCUCUGCUGCUAAAUUUUUCCAGCUCGAAGCUUUACAACGACACUGUGAGAUCAUUUGCGCAAAAAGCAUUAAUACAGAAAACUGCGUAGAUAUUUAUAAUCAUGCCAAGUUUCUCGGAGUCACAGAGCUAUCUUCCUAUUGUGAAGGCUACUUUCUAAAAAAUAUGAUGGUCCUCAUUGAAAACGAAGCUUUCAAACAGCUGCUGUAUGACAAGAACGGAGAAACAUCUGGUCAAAAUGUACUACAGGACUUACAGAGGACGUUGGCUACAAGGAUUCAGUCAAUUCAUUUGUCUUCUUCAAAGGGCUCCAUUGUAUAAAGCUGAGGAAGAUGGUAACGCUUUAAUAAUAAAAGACCCUGCAAGUUAAGUCUCCUGUUGCAGUUGCUUAAACAAAUACAAAAAAAAAAAAUAGAUUCUCCUUCGCAUCCAAAUAGUUCUGUGUUGGCCAAAGGCGGUGUGCUGAGGCCACAGCCUCGUUUGGAUGAGGGAAUGCAGAAAAUGUAGCUCCUGCAUGCUUCUGAGCAACAGGGGUACCAGAGCGUCCAGUGCAUCGCUGUUGUACUCAAAUUCUGAACAUGAAAGUGUGGUCGUGGAGCUAGAUGCCAACAAAAGCCAGAACUCACAUCAGUGAACAGCAGAAGCCCCAGCCUGAGCAGUGGUGCCAGGGAACACCUGAAUCGACCAAUUACUCAUUCAAGGCGGUUUCGUCCCAGUGUUUCGCAUUUAAGAACUGUGUCUGUCCUGGAGUCCAUUCUCUCGUACACUUAAGAAAUGUAAGAACUGUUACUGCUGUUGAGCAAAGACCAGUUGUGUUAGAGAGUGGGUAAGACUGUCGCAACUGAGGAAAUAAUACUGGCAGAUUUUUAGGGGUGGGAACUUUUUAAAUUGUUCAUAAAAAAUAAUGGGGUGGCCUUGUAGUUUAAAAACUAUUUCUUAAGCUUAAAAUUUCAUUUUCGACAGAGCUGUGUUUGAGAAUCUAUGUAACAUGUUUUGUUUUAUAAAUGGUUAAAAUGUACAUUGUGUAAACAUACAUAUGAUCGAGUUUUGCUUGUAUUCUUUCCUAAGGUGGUAUAAUCUUGCCUGACAGGCUAUGGUUACGCCAAAGAGGUACAUUACCCAGACUAUCUCUAAUACAGUAGUUGGGGGGGGCAGGAAAAACUGCAUGCUAAUUGUGAUUUGGGGUUAAAAACAAUGACAAACUCAACAUGCAUUUGCAUGGUAACUGUACCUGUGAAAUGUUCUGUUCGUGCUUCGUUUUGCCAAGACAAAUGCAAUGUUACUUCUUGUCAAACUCCAUUUGUGAAAUUAGCAUAUUAUUUUAUCCAGUGCAAUUGUUUGUGAUAUGAUAGCCCCAGAGACCCUUCUCGAGAUGCUGAUGUCUGUUUGUUACAGUGAAGGGAUAAUAACAGAUCCUCUAGUAACGUGUCAAUACUUUGCUACUGGCCAGAGAUUGUGUCCAAGUUAGACUUUUCUUUUUUAAAUUAUAAUUAAAUAUGUACUAUAGAAUGAUUUCUUGUUAUAUCCUGAGAAUGUAUAGGUUAUCUACAAUGCAGGGCUUGGGUGGGGUGGGAUGGGAGGGUGCGAUUUGAUGUCAGAGCUUCACUUACUUUGCAGCGUAUUGUUGGCAAGAUAAAUCUGCUACGUGCCACAACAUUCCUGAUGCUCUGUCUUUGAAUGAUACUUUUCAUGAAUUGUUUGAUUUUAAAAUGUGGAGAAAACCACAGCAAGACAUAGGCAAAGAUAUCGCCUUUUCCAUGGCAAAAAUGACAUUAAUAUAUUUAUUUUCUAGCAUGCUGUUCAGAAACUGUGCCCAGUUCAUAGACUUUAGAAGUUUUAUUUUGGCAGUGCUUGGUAACCUCUUGUUCUUCUGUUGAAGUGUCUACGUCGGCUGCUCUUCCACAGUGAUAGUUUUUGGCAUGCUCAGAGAACAUAGCUUUGGCUUUAGUUAUCAACACGGUAGGGAGCUGUUUUAUCACUCUGAGGUGUAAAUCCUCCUGGGUGCUUGGUCUUUUAAAGCCUGUACAGUUUCUGCAACAAAUUGCAAAAAUGUCUAAACUGCCACUAGUGUCGCGGAGACACAGCAUGUCAUUCAAUUAAACCUUUUUUUUUUUUUUUUCCCUGCACAGUUCCCUGCACAGUGAAUGUCCACACAAGAUGUUGUCGGGAACAUUUAGGUAACAGCAACUUCCUUGUGGCCGUUGCCAUCUUAGAGAAGCAAAACUGAGGCUGAUGCAGCAACAACGUGCAGUUGCUGUUCGGUUUGCCUCCUCAUCCAAGGAAAGCCAUCCUCCCGUGCUAGUAACAACUAGGCAGGAGCAGUCCUCAUCCCGCAGUCUGGCAUCGGAUGUUACAGUGGUAGCCACAAGUGUCACGUCCCGCGUUCAAAGCUCUUACAGGAAGGGAUUACAACUAUUGAUUUAAAAGGGAAUUACUUUUGUCCUUCAAAACACAGGUAAUCCCAAAGUCAUAGAUACAUAGCUGAAAGAAACCUUAAAAAGUCAUAAUUUUCAAUACUUUUUCAUCCUGUAACCCCUAUAACUUUUGGCAGUAGAAGAGCCAGCUCCUGUGUAACCCCGGCGUUCCUGUCUCUGGUUGAGAUAGCUGGAUCACACCAGACAACGUGUAGCUUGCAGGCUCUUGAACCAUCCAGUGACAGGGAUCCAGAGUCUCCACCACCCUCACAGUCAGAAGGGUUUCCUCACAGACUCUUUAGAAAUUCGCUACUGCAAAGCAAGCCACUUUUCCCUCAGGUCCCAGUCAACAGGAAGAGAUGAUGAUCCACGGCCUUUUUAUAAGAUCAUUCUACAUAUGAGAGGAACUGUCCUACUUUCCUCACUAGUAUAAGCCUUUCCAAGUCCUCUCAAUAAUAUUUUCUAGGCCUCUAAAUUUUGCUGUCUUUCCCCUCAUCUCCCCAGCUUCCCCAAAAUGUUCUGCUCCUGCAGGGGAGUUACACAGUAACAGCCAAAGCACAGUGGCUUUCUCGUGAGUUUUAUGUAGAGCAUAUCAGAAAAUAUACCCCAGAAUAUUUUCUACAAGAACAUCCCAUGGCUUUGAUCUGUUCUACCUUGCAUUAUAAUUCCUGGGUGAUUUAAUGCUCCUUUCCCAGGGGUUCCCAUUUGGAUGUGCGCAUUUGUUUACUACACCUUAUGAAGUAUAGCGCUUUAGACUUGUCUUUAUUAAAUUUGUGCUGGUUUAAUUGGGACAAUUUCCCCACUUCAUCAAAAUCAAUUUCAAUUCUGAUCCUGUCUUCUAGCCUGUUUCAUAAUCUCCUGGCUUUAUUAUAUGUGGCUUCAUGCAUGGAUUCUCCGUUCCAUUAAUCUGGGGCUGGGAGGAAGGGCUCUGUUGUAAAUUUAAUCUAAAAAGCAGCAUGAGUUUCGGUGGGUGCCUGUGAAUACCAUCCCUAUCAGAUACGGCUCUUUCCAUCAGAGCGUUUUAUUAGCAUUUUGUGGAGAGAUGGUAUUAUCAUUUUGGAAAGUAAAUGGCCUUCUGCUUCUUUAGGCUUUGUACGAGUUGCGGUAAUUUACAAAUUUAGAGGGAAAAUGUGACCUCUGUGCUCUCCAGCCACUCUAGGUGAGAUGGAAAAAAUACAAAAUCUGUAGAAAAACUUGUAAUUUUUGUUCUUAUCAUAACUUUCCAGCUUGUAAUGGGUGAAGGGCUGUUUCAGUGCCUUUCAUCUGUCUUUUUUUCAUAUGAGCCCAGUGCUGUAAUAUUUGAGGACUUGCAGGUAUCCUGCCCUGCCUCACUGCAGGCCUUUCCUUCUGCCACUCCACGAGGCCCUCCCUUAACUUCCUGAACUCCCUCACAUUUCCACUUUGCCUCGCAUGCUUCCAGUUUCCACACUUCCCAGUUUGUUACUCCGGAGCCCUGCUGGAUCCCGUCCCAAGCCCAGAAAUGGUGUCUGCGUUCUCCCAGACGGGCAAAUUUCCAAUAAUCCGCUUCAGAGCUGGGAAGAGAAGAGGAUGAGGAAUGUAUGAGGGCAAAGGUUUUGGACAUCAGAGAGGAAGGCUGGUAUUCUUUUCAGGACAAAUUUCAGCACUGUCUAUUCCUUUCUCAGAUUUUCCCUGAUCUCUUCCUUAAGCCUGCUGUCCUCUUACGACAGCUGGUGGCCAGAUGCUGUGCUUCUGGAGAAGGGCCAGCUUUGUAACGGCUGAGACUCCUUCCCAGCUAAGGCUGUGCCUGCUUGGACUCGGCUUCUGAGUAGACUUGUGCAAACGCCUAUUAAAAGACAGAGGAGAGGCAUUUUUGAAGAGGUGUGAAGGCUUAGUAGCCAGUCUCUUGUUGGCAUUAUGAGAGCUGAAUCUCCUCCACGUGCUGCUGUUGAUGCUGAGCCUUCUUGUCUUGAACAGCCACCGACCACUGGCUUCCUACCAAGCAGUGAACUUGUCUCGGUUGUGUUGCAGCCUGUGGUGUGCUGGGGACUUUGGGGAACUCUAUUUUUUAUUUCAGUGUUGAACAAUUGCUGCCUUUUGAAGAUUAAAAGAAAAAAAAAAUCAUCAGUUUGCACUGAAGUAAGCUACUCUGAGGUAUGGUGAGGAGGAAGAAAGGGCACCCCCAACCCCUCAGACCUGCCCCAGAUCAGAGGCAGGUUCUGUUACGGCACGGAUUGCCACUAAACCCCUGGGGGCUCAGGUUUGCGGGACUUAAAUCUACUUACAAGAUUUAUUUUUUCAUGUUCCAGAGAAGUAGAGGUGUUAAAGUUCACGCAUCUACGUAGUCAAGGCAAGACUUGGCCAUCUUGGAGAAAAGGCCGUUCCUUGUGCUGCUGUCCAUGGGUUAAAUCCCAGCAGAGGCUGGGAUCCCGCAGAGCUCAUUGAAGUCUGUUGCGUAUAUUUAGUGUCCCUCAGGAGCUGGUUCUGUUUUUCAAAACCAUUCCUGCAGGAUGACAUCCCGAAGCCUGCAUUCACUAAAGCUGCCUCUGAAGUUAGUGGAUGACUUUCUUUUUUUGAUGAACGAGAGUUACCUGAAGUCAAAGACUUGAAGUUAGUUUGUUUGACAAAGUGUCUUUCAUGUGAGGAUCUGCAAGUGCUUUACAGAAAUGAAGUGCCUGAUGUUGCUUUCAUCCCCUAGCACAAAGGCGUAGGCCUGUUGAGAUGUAUAAGCAUUAAAAAGGCUGCUUAGGAUUUGUCCUAAUAUUUAAUAAACCAACCUUCAGAAAGUUAGCCUUGAACUAACAGCCAAAUAAUAUCUGAAACACCACAGAUGAGAACAUCACUAAUUUUAGAUGCUUGUACAUAAGCACAUUUGUAUCUCUUAAUUCCUAGGCCUUCCAAUCACAUCUUCCACACAUCUAUAACAAAACUAAUGCUUUUUAUUCUUUAACGUGCCAUUUAUUUUGAGGUGAGGUCUGUUGUCUUCGGUGGGUGAAAACUGAGGCUGCCAGCUCUGACCAGAUUAUCACUUCUCAGCAGAAUUGCACCCAACCCACCAUUUAUAACUGGCCUAUAAGGG